AAAGGCGACGAUAAGACGCAUCAGGAACUACUGUCUGUGCAUUACUCUAGGACAUUCAGAAGUGAACAGUUUCCUGAAUAAAGAACUUUAGCUGAGCUUUGGGGGCAGUGUGAAGAAACAUGUCAGGCAGAAAGUCAAAAAAGAGCCAGAAGCUUGCAUCCACCCGGCAAAGUCUUAACAGAAAAAGUAACAUAGGUACUCAAGAGAAGGAAAAUUAUGAUGGGCCGCCACAUUCUGGCAAUGAAGAUCAUGAAUGUGAGAAAAAUAAGACUGACACACUUAAUGAAAUCCUACCAGCUUCUUUACUUCUUCAGGCUGGUGGGGCGGCAACAGCUUGCACUGAUCAGCAGAAUUCUUCUUUAGAGCCUUCUCCCUACUCACAGUCACAGGACUGCAAAGAUUUACUGGUACCUACUGAGGUUGCAAGUAAAAAGAGAAAAAUAGGAUCAACACGCAAAAACAACAGAGGGCUUAAAGCUGCAGAACAAAAUGAAAAAGAACCACGGUGCAGACUGGAAGUAAGUGAAGAGAAUACUGAACAGCAUGGAGUGACUGAAGUAGUGUCAGUCAUAGAGGAGGGAAGCAAAGAAGAAUAUGGCCAGCCAGAUCUGUCAGACUGUUCACCCAGUCAAUUUUUAAAACCUGAGAGAUCUACCCUACAAGGGGAGCAUUUGCUGCUUGGUAGCAUUACACAUACAGAAGAGGCUGCAGAAAAUAACAUGGGUCAUAAUUUAGAAAUAACCUUUCAAAGCCAAACUAUGGGCCUCUCUUGUUAUGACCACGACCAAUCCAUGAAGGCAGCAUUAAAUCAAGAAUCAAUAAGUCAUUCAUUAGAUUGCAGAAUUGUCACACCAGCUGAAAGUAAACUAUCCCAUAAUGAUUCUUUGCAAAUGUACAAUCAAAUGGAGAUGUUUAGUGAUCAAGUAAAGUUUUUACACAACAUUACAGACCAAAAGAGGAAGGUGGACACAGCUCAGACACAUCUUACAGGAAAUGAGGUGGAGAAAAACUUGAGUGAAGAACUUUGUCCAAAAAAACAUUUUUAUGAAAUGGCUAACCAAUAUGGAAUUGUGUUCAAUGAAGAUAGCAGAAAUGUUGAGAAUUUUCAGGUGUCCCAGGAUAUGCAGGUUAUUCCCUCUCAGUCAUGCACUGCCCUGAACACAAUGCUUGAGCAAUCCAAAUUAGAUUUUAUGUGUGAAGUCAAAGGAGAUAAGGAAACAAAGAGUACAUUCAUAUCUCAUGACUAUAGCACUGAAGCCAGAGGAGCAGAUACAAUUACAACCUCUUUGAUAAAUGAACAUCAGCAGCAAUGUUCAGGUACAUCUGAAAACGGAUUUUAUUCCAGUAUAGAUGGAACCAAAGAGUCUCAUGGUACAAUAACUUUGGAAAAUAUUAGUACUACAGUAGAAACUGUUGAUGAAGACUUGGUUAGUAGUUGCUUAAAGCAUAAAGGUGACACUUCAAAGCUAACUCAGGAUUUGGAGAGUGCUUAUGAGUUAAAAAGUACGGAUUGUUGGGAGGAAAAGAAAGAAUGUAACAAUUUAUGUGUAGUAAGUGAUAGAGUAGACAGUGAAUCAAAUGAAGUGGUUGAAGCUUCAUACCCUACACAACCUAUACAGUCAGAUAGCAUUAUUUUACCAUUAGAACAGGAACAUCAAGUAGGAGCUUCAUUAGACAAAAUUUCAUAUGAGAUAGGAUUCCAUUGUGACUCCCCAGACUUGGAAUUUAAAUGUCACAAAGAUGAACAGUAUGAUUUUUCUUUUGCCAGAUGUUUAAAUGGCGAUAGCAAUUUAAGGGAAAAUGCAGAGGGCAGAAACCUAAAUAAACUAAAUAAUGACGAAUGUUGUGAGACCAAGACAGAGAAGAAGGAGGUAGAGAGUAACACCAUGGCCUUCACUUCUUCAAGUCAGUUACUUAUUUCUAAAAUAUGCCAUACAAAAAAGGUGUCAGACGUAGUUGAUGAAACUACGCUGAUUCAUGCUGAAACACUGUAUGAGAUAACGAAUGAGGAACUUGAAACUAGCAACAAGGCACAUGAUGUUCCAUAUAGUGAUUCACAAGAACUCCCACCUGAGUUAGAGAUGCAAUCAGUGGAAGGAGAUGGUGUUGAUCUAUGUUCAGGUUCUCAUCGAUUGCCUGACAAUAAACUUGAUCAAGGUACUAGGCUCUAUGCUGAGGUUCCAUUUCAAUCAAACCACAUCAUAAUAGAUAAAGAUGAGAUGGGAGGAAAUUACAUUACCAACGAUAAGAAUCACAAGCUUUUUGAGCAAAUACAGUCAACAGAGAAUGUUUAUCAUAGUGUAUUAUCUAGAGGAAAAGAGGAGGAUAGUGGGGAUACUACAUUGGCAGUUGAUGAGACAUUUCAAUUAACAAAGAGAUAUCCUGGAGAGGUAGAUAUCCUGGAGAGGACAGAUAUAAGUACAGAACACGGACGGCUUUUAGUGUAUGGGAGUGUGGAUUGUGUGAGUGAAGACAGAGUAAACCAUGAAAAACGAGCACAGACCACAGGUCAGAUAAUAAAGCAAGCUGAUGAUUUUCAGCUAUCUUUAGCAGAUGAACUACAAAGACAGGGCACAUGCUUUGAGGAAGGCAUGAGAUAUGAGUCACAUGGAGAGCAUGAAAGACAAGAAGCAAAAAUAUUUCAGAGUCUUAGUCCUAUGGUCAAAGACAAGAUAGUUGAGAGUGAUGCAGGACUAAUAGGUCAUGACUAUGGUGCGCCUGAAAAAGACAACAUACCACAAAAGUCAGUGGUCUGUGUUGAGGUUACAGAUGUACUCAUGACAAAUUCUGCUAAACAAGAGGAUAAUAAAACCUCAAUCAUAUUGUUUGUGAGUAAAGAUGAGGAAACAGAAGAUAUUGUCAGCUCAAAUCCAGAGUAUGAGUUCCUUGACACAAAGAAUAAGGCUAUGGAAAUGAACAGUAAGACAUAUAGAGGGAUAGAUACAGCAUCCACAAUAUUACCAGAUAUGGAAGAACUUCAGAUCCACAAAACACAAAACAAAUCAGAAUUGGAGGAAAUUACAGUACAAAAAGAUGAGUUAGUGGACGAAGAGAAGGAUGGUGAACCCUUAUCUUUACUAGAUAAUUUCCUUAAUAUUUCUCAUAAUUCAAAAUUAGAAGAGUUCAAAGCAUCAGAAUGGACUGAGAUUGUAACUGUCACAAAAGAUGCAGAUCAUAUCUCAACAUCAAUUGGGCAUAUGGGUAUAAAAGAAGUUGAACCAAAUGAAAUAAUCAGCCAAGAUGAAGAUAGGAACCUUUAUGAAGAAGAGAAAGAUGUGUCUCUAACAGAUAGAUCAAAUGGGGAAUUAAAAGAUGUAACAAAAGAGUGUGGAAAGAUCGAUACACAACCUGUUAUUUUGUUAGAUGUUGUUCAUCAGAGUGAGCCAGUUGUGUUUGUUGGUGUCAGCCAAACAGAAGCACCACUGGAAAGUACAAAGCAUAGAGAGUCAAUGAUAGACGAUAAGCAGGAUUAUGAGCUCACAUCUUCAAAUGAGCAGAAAAUGGCACCAGUCAUCAGAGAUAUUCAGAAUGAUUUAACAGAUCAUUCUUCUCCCCACAAAACCUCCAUGACAGUUGAAGAUUGUGAGUCUACUGAAAAUGGAAGCCCCAAACAAGUCGAUGAUUCUCCUAUAUGUGCAACAAUAGAGCACAUCUAUGAAAUACAGGACAGUGUAAUCACACCAGUGAAUAAAGAAAUUACUCUUGAAGUUUUGUCUGAUCAAGUAACACAGUUGCCAUGGGAUGAUAAAGAAAAAGGAAAAAGAGGCGUGGAAGAUGAAGAUGGUGACGUUUGUCAAGAAGAGAAAAAUAUGCCUCUUGCAGAUAUAUAUGACUUAUCAAGAACAACCAAUGAAUUCAGUAAAGAUGACAAAAAUGAGGUAAAAGAAGAAAUAAAAGCUGGGUCCACAGAAUAUUCCACCAGAGAGGACUUUACCCUGGUAUGUUCAAAGCAAUAUAUGCAUUCUGAAUUAUUCUCUCAAACUAAUGAACAAAAUGUAUCUACUAAAACACCACCAUCAACAGUGCUAGAAAAUUCAGACUCCACGGAAAAUGACAGGAAUAGAAAAGAGAAUACUGAAGUAAGAAACACAGAACUAUGUGCAAAAAUCCAAACAAAGAAAAAGAAGAGGUUUGGAUCAACUCGGAGGCUUCAAGGUGAACACCAGCAAGGUAGAGAAAGAAAAGAAAGGCAGUGGCAAAAGGUGGAAGAUACAGAAGGAACAGAACAUGACAGGGAAGAGAGAUGUUCUGAAGAAAUCACAAAUCUAGAGCCUACUCACCACUUAUUCACAGAACCACACAGUGUUGAGAGAAAGGUAUCACUUGACCAAUCUUUGACAACUGAGCGAGAAGAAGGGGAAUUAAAAGAUGUAACAGGAGAGUGUGGAAAGAUCGAUACACCACCUGUUCACUUGCUAGAUGUUGUUCAUCAAAGUGAGCCAGUUGUCUUUGAUGGUGCCAGCCAAGCAAAAGCACCAUUGGAAAGUACAAAGCAUGGAGAGUCAGUGAUAGACGAUGAGCAGGAUUAUGAGUUCACAUCUUCAAAUGAGCAGAAAAUGGCACCAGUCAUCAGAGAUAUUCAGAAUGAUUUUACAGAUCAUGCUUCUCCCCAGGAAGCUUCCAUGACAGUUGAAGAUUGUGAUUCAGAGUCUACUGAAAAUGGAAGCUCCAAACAAGUCGAUGGUUCUCCUAUAUGUGCAACAAUAGAGCACAUCUAUGAAAUACAGGACAGUGUAAUCAUGCCAGUGAAUAAAGAAAUAACUCUUGAAGUUUUGUCUGAUCAAGUAACACAGUUGCCAUGGGAUGAUAACUCGGAUGAAAACCAUUUAUUAUUCACAUACAGGAUUUAA